AUGGAACAUAGUUCCACACCAAAACCAAAUCCCACCACAUCAACAGGUGAGAAGUCUGCUGCGAUAUCCAGCGAUGAUGUUCAAAACUUGAUUCAUCAAGUACAUCGACAGAAUGCCUCGAUCGAACAACUGAAGGGUACUGUCUCAGUCCUCUCCCACCAUGGUAACGAAACGAAGACCCAUCGCACAGUGAAAGGCACUUCUACUUUACUGGCUACGCUGGGACAGUCACUUCCGGAGGCACUCGAGGCCAAAACAAUCAAAGGUAAGUUGUCGUUGGCAGAGACCAAGAAGAAUAACCGCCCUCUUGCAAACUCUAAUAACGACAACGUUAUACUAGCCUUUACUGAGAGUACUAUGCUAAUCGUCGCCCGAAUGCGACAUGUCACCGCUGCCUGUUUGAAGCUCGUUUCUGCACAUGUAAUAACAGUAACAAACGCUCGCUUGUGUCUCCGCCGCUUCGUUGACGAUUUCCUGGCGAUACAUGGUCCUGGUAGGGGCAGACAAGAAGCAGCCAAGAUCUGCGCACCGUUUGCCUUCCUCGACAUCUCAAUCGCCGUUGAGAAGUCCGCAACCUCAGUUACUGUAACGGGAUACAUUGGUGUUCUUAAAUAUAUCAGGGCCCGUACGGUUGACCUUAGCGCCCAUAAGUUGCGCUUGUACAAAUCGCUGCUGCACGGAUGGCGCUCUUGCACAACCGCAACCGCUCAUGACAUCGCCUCGCAUAUUUCCACAAGCACUACCGUAUACUUCUCGAAUUUUCUAGCUGCCACGUCAUAACCCCUCUCACUACAAGCACAUUAGAGUUUCGGAGGAAGUACGCCACGAUAUUCGUUCUUGAAUCCGUAUACUCGACAGAUGGACCGGUACAUCCCUUCUCGUUUGCCCUGCCAUUGCAAUCACAGUUGCUGUGGAUGCGUGUACGUCGAUGGACGCAGGAGGUUUGAUCUCCACAGGAGAAUGUAUUUUCUACAAUGGAAGGAGCAUCAUCAUUACCCUACCAACCAGGGCGGCAAGCUCUUUUCCAUCACUGCACUGAAACUCCUGGCGAUUGUGUAUAUGACCGACAUCUUUGGAUCGCUUUGGAGAGGUCGCAGUAUCCUCAUUCUCUCCGAUAACGAAGGAGCGGUGGCGAGCGUGACGUCACGCACCUGCUCGAUCGCAAAAAUCCUGAGUCUUGCAUGAAGCCACAUUUGCAGCCAACCUUCGACUACAGUAGCAUUUACGCAUCUUUUAUCAUUAAUAAAUAUUUUGUAUAUAGUCCUCAUAACGCUUCUGCACAACCUUACAUCACCGUGUAGGGCACUUCAGCACUUUGCCGUUUGCUUCGGACAUCAG